CCCUAUUCCCCCCCGUGAACUAUCCCUCUUUAAUCCCCACCACUUUCCUCUUGCUAGAGCCGUUGAAGCAAAGAAAGGAACAAACACGAACACAGACCGCGCCUUCCCGAUCCAUCCGACUCAACUCGCUCCGGUAACUCAGAAUGGCCGCAGCUGUCUCCGAGAGAGCGGAGCUCGCCAAGCUCUGCAGCUCACGCAACUGGUCCAAGGCCAUCCGAGUCCUCGACUUGCUCCUCUCCCAGUCUUCUUCUAUCCAAGACAUCUGCAACAGAGCCUUCUGUUACAGCCAAUUGGAGCUACACAAGCACGUGAUUAAGGACUGCGAUAGGGCGCUUCAGCUUGACCCCGCGCUUCUUCAGGCUUACAUCCUCAAAGGUUGUGCAUUAUCUGCUUUGGGAAGGAAAGAGGAUGCUCUUUUGGUUUUGGAGCAAGGCUAUGAACAUGCCUUGCGUCAGUCUGCAGAUCUGAAGCAGUUGCUAGAACUGGAAGACCUUGUAAGAACUGCAAAAGAAGAGAGAAGUAUUGAAUGUGAGAAUCAUGCAAAACAGUCGGCAUCAUCUAUGCUUGCAUCUGAAUCAAGAUCACAUGUUAAUGGGAAGUCAAGUGAGACUCAUGAGAAUCACAGUAAAUUGAGUGAUCAAUCUGAAUUAUGCAGUGAAUCAACAGUUACCUCUGAGGUCCAUAGCAAGUCUAAUGGUAAUUUGGACGUACCCAAUGGAAUAGGUGAUAAAGCUGCGGCGAGUAAGAAGUUUGAUAGCCAAAUGAAUGGGAAUCAUGAUAUUCAUGAUAAAUUGGGUUAUAACUCUGAAUCAUGCAAUGACUUAAGUGAUACAUGCAGUAAAUUACCAAUGAUUUGUAGCAAAUCAAGUGAUUUGACUGAAACUCCUCCCACACCCCCAAAGUUAAGUAGUAAAUCUGAUAUACGCCAUGAAAUUAGUGAUGACUCCAAGAGAAAUAAAAAGUUCUGCGUUGCUAGACUUUCAAAGUCCAAGUCAAUAAGUGUGGAUUUUCGAUUAUCAAGAGGUAUAGCGGAGGUUAAUGAAGGGAAGUAUGCUCAUGCCAUAUCUAUAUUUGAUCAGAUAUUGAAAGAGGAUCCUAACUAUCCAGAGGCACUGAUAGGGAGAGGGACAGCCUAUGCAUUCCAACGAGAACUUGAGGCUGCAAUAGCUGAUUUUACUAAGGCCAUGGAAUCAAAUCCAUCAGCGUGUGAGGCAUGGAAACGGAGAGGGCAAGCACGAGCUGCUCUGGGAGAAUUUGUUGAGGCCAUUGAAGAUCUGUCGAAGGCAUUGGAGUUUGAGCCAAAUUCAGCUGAUAUUUUACACGAAAGGGGAAUUGCCAAUUUCAAGUUCAAGGACUUUUACAAUGCCGUUGAAGACCUAACUGCAUGUGUGAAACUUGAUAAGGAUAACACAUCUGCAUACACAUACUUGGGUUUGGCAUUAUCCUCAAUUGGUGAAUAUAAAAAAGCUGAGGAGGCACAUUUGAAAGCAAUUCAACUGGAUCAGAAUUUCCUUGAGGCAUGGGUGCAGCUAACCCAGUUCUAUCAAGAUAUGGCUAACCAUACCAGGGCUUUAGCAUGUCUGCAGCGAGCUCUACAAAUUGAUGGGAGGUUUGCCAAAGCAUAUCAUUUGCGUGGUCUGCUGCUCCAUGGGAUGGGAGAACACCGCAAGGCUAUUAAGGAUUUGUCAACUGGGUUGAGCAUUGAGAAUACCAAUAUUGAGUGUUUGUAUUUGCGGGCAUCCUGCUACCAUGCUCUUGGAGAAUAUGGGCACGCGGUCAAGGACUACGAUGCUGUGCUGGAUUUGGAGCUAGACUCGAUGGAGAAGUUUGUGUUGCAAUGCCUUGCUUUUUAUCAGAAAGAGAUUGCUCUGUACACAGCAUCAAAAAUCAACAGUGAAUUUUGCUGGUUUGAUAUUGAUGGAGACAUUGAUUCACUUUUUAAGGAGUACUGGUGCAAAAGGUUGCACCCCAAGAAUGUAUGCGAAAAGGUCUAUCGGCAACCUCCCCUGCGUGAAUCUUUGAAGAAGGGCAAGCUUCGAAAGCAAGUUUUUACAGUUACAAAGCAGAAGACUGCUCUUCUAGAAGCUGCUGAUUGCAUUGGAAGGAAAAUCCAAUAUGAUUGUCCUGGCUUCUUACCGAAUAGGCGUCAGCAUCGUAUGGCAGGAUUGGCUGUUAUUGAAGUUGCACAAAAGGUUUCAAAAGCUUGGCGUUCCUUCCAAGCAGAAUGGAAGUAUUCUAAUAAAGGCACAUCGUCGAAGUAUGGUAAGAGAGGCCGGAGAAGGGAAAGAGUCAAUUUGCCUAGCCAGAAUAGAGGUGGUGCUGGUUGUAGUACAAGUAGCUCUUCAGAGACCUCCACUUCAUAUGGCAUUACAGAAGCUAAUUCAUCCGCACGCUCUAUGAUGUCAUGGCAUGAUGUUUAUUCAGUAGCUGUCAAAUGGCGGCAGAUUUCAGAACCGUGUGACCCUGUUGUGUGGAUUAACAAGCUAAGUGAAGAGUUUAAUGCUGGAUUUGGGUCUCAUACACCAUUGAUCCUUGGACAAGCAAAAGUUGUUCGCUACUUCCCAAAUUUUGAAAGAACAUUAGAUGUUGCAAAAACUGUCAUGAAGGAAAGGUCAUAUGUGUAUAAUAAGGUUGAUAACCUUAUUGAUCUAUCCAGGGAUGGGAAAUUGAAAGAUAUUUUGGAAGCAAAAUCUUGUGCUGAUUUACACAGAGCGGUUGGUGAGGACUUCUGGUUGUCUACUCGGUGCAAUAGUACUGCCUUUGAGGGGAAAUAUCUUGAAGGGACGCGGAUUACCCUAGUAAAAACGGGGGAGAACAGAUAUGAUUUUGCAAUCAGAACACCUUGUACACCUUCAAGGUGGGACGAAUUUGAUGCAGAAAUGGCAAAGGCAUGGGAAGCUAUAUGCAAUGCUUAUUGCGGUGAAAAUUAUGGGUCUACUGACUCCAGUGUGCUUGAAAAUGUGAGAGAUGCAAUUUUAAGGAUGACGUAUUACUGGUACAAUUUUAUGCCGCUUUCGAGAGGCUCUGCAGUUGUUGGGUUUGUGGUUAUGCUGGGAUUACUUCUUGCUGCUAAUAUGGAGUUCACAGGAAGCAUCCCACAAGGUUUACAGGUGGAUUGGGACGCCAUUCUGAACUUUGAUCCAAACUCUUUCGUGGACUCAACGAAGAGUUGGUUGUAUCCAUCUCUGAAGGCAACAACAUCCUGGAAAGAUUAUCCUGAUGUGGGAUUGAUUCUAGCCACAACAGGUUCAGUUGUUGCUGCUCUAAGCACAUGCAACGAUGGAUCUUCUAAAAGUCCUGAAGAGAGCUGAGUCAAUUUGAGGCAAGAUAUCUGCAAAUCUUACACCGGCUUAUACCAAUGUAAACAUGUAUGCAUGCUGUAUGUGUAUUUGUUGUACAGUUUUCUAGAAUAAUGAAAUUGUAGUUUUUUAAAUAAUUUUUUUCCCCUUUAUUUGUUGUACGUUAAUUCAUCACAAUAAAUUUGGAAUCCAUGUUUUUAAUUUGCAGUGGAUAGUUGUCAUUUUGACA